AUGAAUUCUUCUCAGUUCCUUCAAAACAGACGGAAGGCUGUGACUGGGGUCUGUUAGACAGCUAUGAAGUCAGGCAUUUUAACUUUCUGUCUUCUCUGCUUUCACUUUGAAACCCUAUAUGGAGCUGGUCAAUGCCUGUCAUGUCCACUAUGCAAAGACCUAGGACAACCUUCUUUUUUGGACCCUCAGGUGAAAGUUGAAUUUCACAAAGGAAUUUUCCAGUUCAAUAUUAGCAGCCCCAAAAAUGUGACUGACUUCAGCAUAACACUCCUGAAAGGACGGGAGAGGCAGACUAUCUGUGCACUCCAUGUGACUGAGGGGAAGGCAGUGCCUGAAAAUAGAAGCAGCUACUGCGAACCACAUUAUUUUGGCAACAACACUUCUUUCAUUCUCAAAAAUCUGGAACGUAAUCACAGUGACAUUUAUAUCUACUGCCUGCAAAUCCUUUUGCCCCCUCCCUAUAUAGACUGUAAGGUGGAUGAAACCUAUUUGUUUAUCCAUGACAAGGAAGAAUGCACUCUACCAAGAUUUCUAUCAUGGAUAAUUAUUGGACUGACUGCAUUCUUCAUGACUUUCUGUAUCUGCUGUAUAAUAGCUUGCUGCUUAAGAAAUAAGACCAAGCAAUGUGAAUCGGACUCCCAUGAGUACAAUAGUGAAUACAUGCCAAUGGCUGCAGUGAACGCAGCUAGAAAACCAAGAUUCUAAGGUGUGAACUUGCAAGGACACUUGUGGCGGUACAGAAAUUGUUGGCAUCAUGUCUCCAGCUAUCCGAAAUAUUAGUUUUACUUCUGUAGAGACCAUGGCUUCAACUAAUUAUCAUGUACUCAGUGAUGGGUUAUUAUUCCUAGAACUGUUUUUAGUUGUGUUUUAUGCUAGCUGCACUUUUGGCCACUGACUGCACAGGAAGUACUGAAAACAUGAUUAAGAAAAUCACCCUUUAGUUAAAAAAUGUAACAUGUUUGCUUGCAGGUAGUUCUCCACAGUACUGUACAGAACAAUUAAACCCUCUACAGAUAGCUUCCUUUACAAUACCUCCCACUGAAAAAAAAGACUACCUCCAAAGCUGAUUCUGGCAGCCUGUUCAGCAACAGCUACCAUUUUAUUGCACAUAUAGCUUCUUUGUUAGGGACAGUUUAGCCUGAUGAUGUUGUUGAAUAUUGGUUGUUUCCACUGUGUAUAAAGCCCUGAAGACUAAUCGAACACAACUCAAUUAGGUUAUUGAUAAGAUCAUAAAACAUAAAUAAGAAGUAUAUCACCAAUGUUUGCUAUUGCUGUCGUACUAAAACGACCGGAAUGGAGCAGGCUCAGCAAGCUCGCAUACCCCUUCGUAUACCCAAUUUGUUUACCACAUAUAGCUCACAGAAUUCAGCCGACACGCUGUUUGUAUUAAAGUGGAAGUAAAAAAAUCCCAUUCUAUCAGACAUGCAAAUUAUUGAAACUGGUAUUUGUCUGGCAAUAUGAAAACUGAAAAUUUACAAGUCAAAUAAUUUUUGGCUGGUACAAAGAAGAAAUCCCUCACUAAACAAAUUUAAAAACAUUUUGCAAAAUGAAAGGUCAUAUGAAUUUUAGUUAGGCCUCCUGACAUAAGUGCUCAAACAUAAUGGGAGCCCAGUUCACAAAUUAACAUACUUAAAGCCCUUAAUCCUUACAAGCAUAUGAGUGAACAUAGAUAUCUAAACAUUUGACAUUGGUUAAUAUAAAAUGAAUGCUAUAUCUUUUUAGAUCAUUAGGCUAACACUACCAAUUCCUCCUCAGAUUCAUCUUGAGACUUCUUAAUAAUUCCACACCAGUACGAUGUGGAAUAUGCACAUGAUUCCCCUCAUGUAGGCACUAAAGGUAAUAGGGGGACAGUAAAAGGGAGAAUACAUAAUAUUUUUUACUGUAGUCUAGAAUAUUGUUUUACUUGUCUGUAUUCUAAAUACAUCUUUACAAUUCAGGGUGCUCUUAUUUAUAUUAAAUUUAAAGCUCUUUUAGUAGGGCCUCUCUAUAUUUUAAAGUCCCAAGACUGCAGCACUUGUUCUCGUGAGUAAGGGCCUGCUGGACCAGUCCCUAGAUCAGGAAACUAAAAAACAACCUCCUUUUAAUGUAUAUUACAGUGCAUAUGUGGUAGGGCAUGAUAGCCCAACAUUUCUAAGAACCCUACAUCACCUAAAUACAAAGAAAGGCAAGGCUGCAUGUUCUGUCUUAAAACCUCCAACAUAGAUGGAAUCAUCUUACCUAUAGUCUCCCUUCAAAAUCGGUCAAUACUGUGUGUUUAAUGACCCACUGGACAUCAAACCUGAAAAUCCUCCAGGGUGGUUUUUGGCUAUUUGAAACCAAAGAGUCACAUUCCUUUUGAAUCUCACUGUAAUUCAUAUUUCAUAUAAAGAACUGAAAUACCCUCUAAAGGGAAUAAUGAACUGGAAACUCCCUAGCCACAAAACCUACUUUCAAGAAAAUGUUGAGAAAGGAUAAGAAGCCAAGGGGAAGUGAAAACAAUAUUGAAUAAAAUAAGGAACCUCAGCUUGAGAAAGUUAUCUAAGCAGGCAACAGACCACACCAUCUGUGACUUUGUGGACAGAUUGCUAGAUUGUGAUCAAGGAACCCUGGUUUGUAUUCCCUUAUUUAGAUGGGGCCAUACUGAUGGUGUCAAACCCAAGGCUGUCCUUAACUAUUAUGCUGACCAUCUACACACUAUAACCAUUAAAACUUGAUCCUCAGGAGCAAUCCAGCCCUAGAAGCUCUGCUAAAAAUUCUGGGCAUCAAGGUGACCCUUAUUCUUGCUGCACAGCCUGUCUCUCUUUGCAGUGUGUUUGGAACUUAACUGCAUGUUUUAGGUUUCAAGUACAGGAAGUCUGCCAGCAGCAGUCUCCCAGUUGUCUGUUUUCCUUGUUCCUGAUUUCUGGCCCUUCUGCACCCCAUUCUACUGCCCAUAAGCUGGGACAAGUUUACCAGGAGAGAGUAGUAGUUCACAGACCAGUACCUUGAAGGGCUCUGCAAGGGUAUCUGUGGUAUAUUUUAGUGCUUUGGUGAAGAAAUAAGAAUGAUGCGGCAGGGAACAGUGGGGCUCAGGUUUGCUGAAGACAACCUCAAGGUCAGUCCUAAAUAACAGUGUCAAUAUACUGUGUGCCACAGUUUCCUCUCUAUAAGAUGGUGCUAAUGAUACAGAUAUCCUUUGUGAAGUACUUCAAGAACCACUGGUAAACAAAGCUAAGUAUUAUCUCUGUGCCUAUAACUUGGCCCCUUCACCUGCAGCCACCUUUGGGUAUACAGGGUCCUCUCACAUUAAGAUGCAGCCAUCUCUGGGGUAGGGCGUAGCUGGUUGUAACAGGAACCCCACACCUGGCACUGGGAUGCAACCAGUUCUGUGAGAAAUACUGAAUGUGAGAAGGCUACAUAAUACUCAGGAGUACAAAGGAACUUGUCACCAUGCUGAGAAGAAAACUCAUGGAAAAAAAGCUCCUGACAGAAGGAAGCAGCGAUCUGGGGGCGUCUUGGAUAUACUGCCUGAUAAGGGACAAAUGAUGAGUCAGAUGAGAAUGUGAGGGAAAACAAAUAUUUCAUCCUGUAAAUGUAAAAUAUUUUCAUUUACUGUAAAAAAUCCUAUCUAAAUGAGUUUUGGAAAAUUCUUGACUUUUGUUUGAAUGAGAUAUUUCUAGUCUUAAUAAAUGCUGUUUUGGAUCA